GCUGGGCACCAGAGGUACGCGAGCAGCCGCCGCCUCCUCCAGCAGUCAGACCAACCAAACCCACUCAGGCAGUCAGUCAGUCACUCAGGCAGGCAGCCAGUCAAUUGGCGCGCAAACACAUCGUUCUCUGCGCCACUUUCACCUUUGAUGCAAAUGUGACACUCAAAUCCAUCCCUUGGAUUUCCAGCGGAUUUUGUUUUUUUCUGUUUAUUCUUUUUGUUUUUUUGGGCGGUGGUGGGGAGUACAAAAGCGAGGAGUCGUGAGCAUGUGAAGCAAGUUACACGAAUGAAAGGAUCCAAAACGAAGACUGAAUAAGAAAAAGAAGAGAUGGACGCGGGCAGUCACGUGCUGAUUUGGCGCCUACUUUUCGUCUGCUUGAUGCCUUUGGAACUUACUGGCGCGCAGUUUUUCCCAGGCGGCUGCACCUUCUCGGACUCGUACAGCGGCUGCGGCUACAGCGUGUCGCUGGGGACCAGCGGCUUCACGUGGGAGCAGGACCACAGCGCCCGCGCAGGUGGCGCAAUGGCGGUGAACGCGUCGGGCGGGGCGUCGGGUCAGCGUGCUCGUCUCCACAUGCCCAUGCUGGAGGAAAACGACACCCACUGCAUCGAUUUCCUCUACUCCAUAUCGGGCCGUGACGGCGCCAGCCCCGGCGCCCUCAACGUCUACAUCCAGGUCUACGGGGGCGCUCAGAGCAACCCUGUGUGGAACGUCAGCGACACUGUCACCGAUGGAUGGCUCAAGGCCGAGCUCGCCAUCUCCACCUUCUGGCCCAACUCCUACCAGGUGAUAUUUGAGGCCGUUUCCGUCCGGGGCCACCCGGGAGUCAUCGCCGUCGACGACGUCCGAGUUCUGGCUCAUCCCUGCCGGCAAGCGCCUCACUUCCUGCGCCUUCAGAAUGUGGAAGUCAACGUGGGUCAAAACGCUUCCUUCCAGUGUACGGCGGGGGGCAAGUGGUCUCAGCGCGACAAACUCUGGCUGCAGCAGUGGAACGGCAAGGACACGGCCCCCAUGGUGACACGGGUGGUCAACCACCGCCGCUUCUCCUCUAGCGUCGGCGUGGGCGACACCUCGCCGCUCGGCAAAGCCCACUACCGCUGUGUGAUCCGCACUGACGGCGGCUCCGGAGUCUCCAACUACGCCAACCUCAUCGUCAAAGCGCCGCCCACGCCCAUCGCCCCGCCCGAGCUCCUGACCGUGGGCGCCACCUACCUGUGGAUUAAACCCAACGCCAACAGCAUCAUCGGGGACGGGCCCAUCAUCCUGAAGGAGGUGGAGUACCGCACCACCUUGGGAAACUGGGUCGAGAGGCACGUGGUGGACGCGCCCACCUACAAGCUGUGGCACCUGGACCCCGACGUGGAGUACGAGAUCAAGGUCUUGCUGUCCCGGCCUGGCGAGGGCGGGACGGGACCCCCAGGCCCGCCGCUGGUCACCCGGACCAAAUGCGCAGAUCCCGUCCACGGUCCACAGAAGGUCAACGUGGUGGACGUGCACGCGCGAUCCCUGACCAUCCAGUGGGAAACGUUUGGUUACGCCGUCACACGAUGCCACAGCUACAACCUCACGGUGCACUAUCGCUACACCUUCAACCAGCAGGAGUUUGCGUCCCAGGAGCUGAUCCAGACUUCUUCUCGCUACACCCUGCGGGACCUGCGGCCGUCCGUCACCGUCAGACUGCGGCUGGUCCUGGCUAACGCCGAGGGCAGCAAGGAGAGCGAGGAGAUCAUCAAGCGCACCGAGGAAGACGUGCCAGGCUCAGUGCCCAAGGAGUCUCUCCAGGACACGCCCUACGAGGACAAGAUCUUCCUCCAGUGGAAAGCGCCUAACGAGACCAAUGGAGUCAUCACCCAGUACGAGAUCAGCUACAAAGGCCUGAGCUCUCUGGACCCCACCGCUGACCUGAGUGCCCAGUGGGGGAAGGUGAUCAAGGCUAGCAAUGAGACGCGUCACCUGUUUGUGGCCCUCCACCCGGGAACCACUUACUUCUUCAGCCUCAAAGCGUCCACUGGCAAGGGGGCCAGCCCACCUGUCACUACCCACGUGACCACCAAGAUAGCAGCCCCCGCGAUGUCCGAGUACGACUCUGAGGCGCCUCUCAACGAGACCGAGUCCACCAUCACCGUCCUCCUGAAGCCCGCCAAGUCGCGAGGCGCGCCCAUCAGUUGCUACCAGGUGGUGGUCAAGGAGCUGCGCAUGUCCAAGUCGCAUCGAGCCGCCCCCGAGUGCUUUGAGGUGCCCUUCGGCUUCCGCAAUGCCUCCACUUCCAAUUCGCUGUAUUACAUGGCGGCCGAGCUAGUGCCUUCCGGUCUCACGGCGGCCCAGUCGUUCACGGUGGGCGACAACAAGAACUAUGGCGGCUUCUCCAACCCGCCGUUGGCUCCCUCCAGAAGCUACAGUAUCUACUUCCAGGCCCUCAGCAGAGCCAAUGGGGAAACCAAAAUUGGCUGCGUCCGUCUGGCCAACAAAGUGGUGAUAGGUAGGGGACAAAUAACCACGCCGUACAUUCUAGUCAUCCCCAGCGAAGGCGCCUCCACGCAGGACUCGGACACCACGGAGCCGGAAGAACCGGCGGACGGCACGGUGAAGCUGGCGGGUGUGGUCACGGGCAUCCUCAUGUUGCUCAUCCUGUUCCUCGGCCUCGUCCUCACCUUCAAACGCAGAGAGAUUCACACGUGGAGAACUCUGAGCGUGGGGAAGUUGGCCAAGAAGCACAAGGAGACGGCAAGCAGUUCCACUCAGCAGAGGGAGAUGGGCCCGGUCCACACGGCCGACAACUGCGCCGGCAAAGUCAGCACUCUGCACAAGGACGACCCCUUCGCCACCUCCAGCCAGGACCUCAACGGGUUCGCCUCCCCCUCUUCCUGCUCCUUCUCCAUGCAGACAAGCAAGACGCUGCAGAGCAAAUCCCUGCUCAAUUCCUACUACUCAGUGUCCAAAGAGCCUGCACCUGCUUCUGCAUCUCUGGACGGCGGCCAGCCGUCACUCGCCCAGCCGUCGCUCGCCCAGCCCUCGCCGACGCUGCAGAGCUUCCCGUACCGCAACCGCGAGUCGGUGGACCUCGCCUACCAAACCGGUCAGUUCCAGGCGGGCCAGUUCCAGCCGGCCAUCCGCGUGGCCGACCUCCUCCAACACAUCACGCAGAUGAAAUGUGGCCAAGGCUAUGGCUUCAAGGAGGAAUACGAGGCUCUGGCGGAAGGACAGACGGCACCCUGGGAGACGGCCAAAAAAGACGACAAUCGCAACAAGAAUCGCUAUGGCAACAUCAUCGCUUACCCCUCAGACGAUCACACACGAGUGCGACUGCAGCCGCUGGACGGGGAGCCCCUCUCCGACUACAUCAACGCCAACUUCAUUGACGGCUACCACCGGCCCAGACAUUACAUCGCCACACAAGGGCCCAUGCAGGAGACGGUGAGGGAUUUCUGGAGGAUGGUGUGGCAGGAGAACUCGGCCUCCAUCGUCAUGGUGACCAACCUGGUGGAGGUGGGCAGGGUCAAGUGCGUCCGCUACUGGCCCGACGAGACGGAAGUUUACGGCGACGUCAAAGUCACGCUGGUGGAGACGGACCCGCUCGCCGAGUACGUCGUCCGCACCUUCACCGUGCAGAAGAAGGGUCACCACGAGCUCCGAGAGCUGCGGCAGUUCCACUUCACCAGCUGGCCAGACCACGGCGUCCCUUGCUAUGCCACUGGGAUGUUGGGCUUCAUACGGCAGGUCAAGUUCCUCAACCCGCCAGACGCCGGGCCCAUCGUGGCUCACUGCAGCGCGGGCGCGGGCCGGACCGGCUGCUUCGUGGCCGUGGACAUCAUGCUGGACAUGGCCGAGAAUGAGGGCGUGGUGGACGUCUUCAACUGCAUCCGCGAGCUCAGGUCACAAAGGGUCAACAUGGUGCAGACGGAGGAGCAGUACGUGUUUGUCCACGAUGCCAUCCUGGAGGCAUGCCUGUGUGGCAACACCGCCAUCCCCGUGUGCGACUUCCGAGCCGUUUACUACAACAUCAGCAGGCCUGACCCUCAGACCAACUCCAGUCAGAUGAAAGACGAGUUCCAGACCCUCAACAUAGUGACCCCGAGAGUGCGGCCGGAGGACUGCAGCGUAGGUCUGCUGCCCCGCAACCACGACAAGAACCGCAGCUUGGACGUCCUCUCGGCCGACCGCUGCCUGCCGUUUCUCAUCUCGGUGGAUGGCGAAAGCUCCAACUACAUCAACGCGGCGCUCAUGGACAGCCACAAGCAGCCGGCGGCCUUCAUCGUUACCCAGCAUCCUUUGCCCAACACCAUGGGUGACUUCUGGAGGCUGGUCUUUGACUACAACUGCUCCUCCGUCGUCAUGCUCAACGAGUUGGACGCUGCCCAGUUGUGCAUGCAGUACUGGCCCGAGAAGAGCUCUUGCUGUUACGGUCCCGUCCAGGUGGAGUUCAUCUCGGCGGACAUUGACGAUGACAUCAUCAACCGCAUCUUCCGUAUCUGCAACAUGGCCCGACCUCAAGACGGCUACCGGCUGGUGCAGCACUUCCAGUUCAUUGGCUGGCCGGCCUACAGGGACACGCCCCUUUCCAAGCGGUCCGUCCUGCAGCUGGUGCGGCGACUAGCCAAGUGGCAGGAGCAGUACGACGGCGGGGACGGCCGCACGGUGGUGCACUGCCUGACUGGCGGUGGCCGUUCGGGAACCUUCUGCGCCAUGUGCAGCAUCAACGAGAUGAUCCGGCAGCAGAACAUCGUGGACGUUUUCCACACCGUCAAGACGCUGCGCAACAACAAGAUCAACAUGGUGGAGACCAUGGAGCAGUAUAAGUUCUGCUACGAGGUGGCGUUGGAGGCGCUCGGCUCCUUCUGAACACCGUCAAGGCAAUACGAGCAGUCGCGCCCAUGUUUUCCAUCCAUUCAAGUGCGUCCGACCUCACAGUGAACAAGGUUGCACAACCGCUAUCGCUGUCCAUCUGGCGACAUGAAAUUCGCUGGACACGAUUCUUCGGGCUUGUCUAAACAGGAAGUCUGCCAUCGUCCUUGAGUUUUGGUUGGCAAAACCACGUGACGCCAUGACAGCAAAUUGACCGUUUUGGCCCCAUCUUGGUCAAACUUUGUCCAGAUAUUCUCACUCUGCGUUUUGUUUGUAAAUUUAAAAGUGUACGCCCAAAACACCUCAACAUGAAAUUUGCGUGUCGUGUCUAUCGCACGUCGACCCAAAAAAAGUCUCAAGUAAAAACACAUUUUGGUUUCAGGCUCACGUCCCAGGCAUCUUUGCCACUUCAAACAUGUGCCCCCGGACAUGGCAAUUGGUAUGGUAAAUUGUUUGGGUCGGGUUUUUUUGGUCCUUGUUUAACAAAGAAUUUUGCUUACCAAAAAUGAAGAGUACUCCCUUCUGGGCUGCCUCAAUAAAGCGUGAAAGUGGCUCAUGUGUUGCGCUAGCUAAACGUUUGUUUUGUUGAGGAUGUCAAGCAAGCUCUCCGCCUAGUUUUUGUGUGCAGCAUGUGGCCGUGCAUUCAAAAGUAUUAUUUAUUGUUUUUCGCUCUGUGCGGACAAUCUGUGUCCUUUUGGGGGGUUUUCCGCUUUGCUUCUGUGUGCUUUUCUUCUCCGUCUAAUAUGACUUGUUUUUCCUUUCUUUUGUGGGCUCGGCUUUUAAGUGCUUCACUAAAGACACUUGAUUUCAUUUCAGAUUUGGUUUCUUGGAGGCUUUGUCUUCCACCAUGAGGGAAAAAAAAUCAACGAUUUGUCCAGUAAAGUGAUUUUGGGUUUGCUCGAUUGCUCGUUUGAAAAUGUGCUAAAGGUAUCAAAUAAUAAAGGCACAGCGCAGAA